CAGCAUGUCUGCGGUCUUUUUGCUAGUUGGGAAGGUGUGACAGACUCAAGUUUAUUACCCUCAGUAUGGAGCAAAGUCCAUCAGAGGGCCUUUACACAGCACCAUCUCUGAGACAGACCGUGUCUGUGCCUGUUUUCUUCCCUGUCCCGGUCCGGGUCUCUGAGGCCUCUGCAGUUAUGAAUGACAGCUUACGGUUACCCAUGCCGCUCCUCUCCUAUGGACCAUGAACAUCGCAAACUAUCCCUUGGAUCACCCCCAUUCCAUGGUCCUCCACCCCGCCGAUUACACGCAGGACCUUUUACAAGAGGGGCCAUCCACAUCUCGGGAAUUAAAGCCAGAUCCAGAUGGUCGGGCAACUCAAGAGGAGGGCUGUCCUGUGUGUGGUGACAGGGUGUCAGGAUAUCACUAUGGUCUGCUCACCUGUGAGAGCUGUAAGGGCUUUUUUAAGCGCUCCGUGCAGAACAAGAAACACUACACGUGUGCAGAAAGACAGUGCUGUCCCAUGGACCUGGCUCAGAGGAAGCGAUGCCCUUUCUGUCGCUUUCAGAAAUGUCUAGCUGUUGGCAUGAAGAGAGAGGCUGUACGUGCCGACAGAAUGAGAGGUGGACGAAACAAGUUUGGGCCUCUAUAUCGGCGAGACAGGCAACAGAAACAGCAAAGAGGCACCUAUGAUCAAGCCAACAGUGCCUCCCACAGGAUCAAACUUGAGGGACCACAGGCAUCUGUACUUGCUAGGCCUUAUGAUUUUCAUGUUCCCAACCCAUCCCCUGCUCCUCAUGGUUGUGAACAUUACCAACCACCUCAGCCUUUUCCUCCCAAUAUGAACCAAUCAGAGUUCCCCAUGCUGUUGGACUGCACCAUGCCCAGAGACCGGACACUGUCUGAUCCCACCAUUCCUUUUCACACACUGUACUAUCAAGGCUUCCAUGGAUAUCCUCAUAAAAAACUAGAGAUCCCUCUCAACUACAGUCCUGCUUCUGUAACGUCCCCUUCUCCAAUCUCGCCUUCUGAACUUUCUACACCCACACCCACUACUACACUCACACCAACCUUGACUCCAAGUUCAAUGCCAACUCCAGCACAAAGCUUGACACCCACCUCAACUUCGACCCCGACUCCUAGUUCAUGUUUCCUGAACCAGCUCCUGGAAGCUGAACCAGAUGAAAAACAGUUCUGCAUGCGGGUUUUAGCAAGCCUCCAAAGAGAACAGGCCUGCAGAGGAAAACACGAUUGCCUCAACACCUUUAGCAUCAUGUGCAAAAUGGCAGACCAGACCUUGUUUGGAUUGGUGGAGUGGGCCCGCAACUGCAUGCUGUUUAAGGAACUUAAGGUAGAGGAUCAAAUGGUGCUCCUGCAGAGCUGCUGGAGUGAACUACUCGUCCUGGAUCAUCUUUGCAGGCAGGUGGCUUACGGGAAAGAUGGCACCAUCUGUCUGAUUACUGGACAACAGAUUGAGGUAUCGACUAUUCUCAGCCAGGCUGGGGUGAUGCUCAGUAGUUUGGUGUCCAGAGCCCAGGACCUUGUAUCCAAGCUUAGGUCCCUUCAGUUGGACAGGGAGGAGUUUGUGUGUCUCAAAUAUCUGGUUCUCUUCAACCCAGAUGUAAAAUCAGUGCAGGAUCGUAGGCAGGUAGAACAGACUCAAGAGCGUGUAAACAGAGCUCUGAUGGACCACACUAUGCAGACCCACCCAGGUCACUCGGACAAGUUUGGGCAGCUGCUGCUCCGUCUACCAGAGGUGCGCAGCAUCAGUCUGCAGGUGGAGGAGUACCUGUAUCAGCGCCACCUGCUGGGAGAUUUACCUUGUAACUCACUUCUAACUGAAAUGCUCCAUGCAAAGAACACCUAAGA